CUUGACGUUUUUUACAGCGUUUAUUUUCCCUAACGCAGCAGAGCAGAUGCGCGUUGUUCUUGUGCUGCGACUUUCAUAACAUUUUCACACAAGCCAGAAGACUAUGGAUUUUGGCGUGAUGUUGCUCACUGGAAUUGCACUUUACUUGCUUGUACAGUUUGUGCGCUUCAUAUUUGCGGACGCUGACUUGACCUUACUAUGGGCAACCUUGUUAGGGAGCAAGCCAGAGACCAAGUUGAAAGGACUGGUGGUGUGGGUCACAGGAGCCUCCAGUGGCAUAGGGGAGGAGCUGGCUUACCAACUAGCUGGAUGUGGGUCUCGUCUGAUUCUAUCAGCCCGGCGCGUGGAUCAGUUGGAUAGGGUGAAACUUCACUGUUUGGAGCGCUCCAACUUAAAAGAUAAGGAUAUUCUUGUUCUUCCACUUGAUUUGCUGGAGAGGGCAUCCCAUGAGGCAAAAACGAAAACUGCUAUCCAGCACUUUGGCAAUAUUGACAUCCUGAUUAACAAUGGUGGCCGCAGCCAGCGUUCUCUGUGCCUGGAGACCAGUGUGGAUGUGUACCAGGCACUGAUGGAGCUCAACUUCCUGGGCACGGUGUCACUUACCAAGCAGGUGUUGCCCCACAUGACGCAGCGAGGGUCGGGCAGUGUAGUUACUGUAAGCAGUGUGGUCGGCCUGGCUGGGGCACCCCUGGCAACCGGAUACUCUGCCAGUAAACACGCUCUUCAGGGCUUCUUCAAUUCUCUUCGAACGGAGCUGACCGAAUACCCAAGGAUACUCAUCAGCACAGUAUGUCCAGGGCCUGUACAGUCACAGAUAGUCCAGAACGCUUUCACAGAAGAAGUGGGAAAGGCCAUUCCCACUGCUGGGGACCAGCAACACAAGAUGGCCACUAGUCGUUGUGUGCGUCUCAUCCUGGUGGGUAUAGCCAAUGGCACCAAGGAGAUGUGGAUCGCCCAGCAGCCCUUUCUGCUGUUCUACUAUGUGUGGCAGUAUGCUCCCACCUGGGCCUGGUUCAUCACUGAUGUGCUGGGCAGGAAGAGGGUGCAGAACUUCAAGGCUGGCCUGGAUGCAGACUCUGCUUACUUCACAAAGCCAAAGCCCAAGUCUUCCUGAAAGGCAUUCCAAAUGCUUGAGCUCCACCUUAAAAUGGGUUAAUUGCUUCCAGGUUCAAGCUGUCUCCUUUUUAGCUGAAAGGAAAAUGUUUUAGGACAGCCCUCUUCACAAAGCAUAAGGAUGAGGGUGGAAAUAGAAACAUUGAAGUUUUUCCUCCUGUCACCUAUGAAAUUAGGAUGUGUCCAGGCUGACUCAGUUAAUGGAGAAAAAAGUAUUUCAGAAUAAGGAGGAACAUUAAAAUUGAUUGUCUGAUAGGUGGAGUAUAAUUAAUGCACUCCCCACAGAUCUGUGAUGAAUGUCUAUAGCACUGACCAAUCUCGAGUAAAUAAUGGACUCUCAGGUUUCUUUGAAAACUUUAAGUAUAUACAAAUACACACCAUACACAAAUCAGUAUACAGUAUGUACAAGAGAACAUUAGUUAUUAAAUUAAUCUGUUUGUCUUAAAUAAGUGAAAGGUAAACAAAAUUAUGCAAAAUAAUUACUAACCACAUUACAAAGACACAUCCUUGAAUUUAACACUUCAUAAUAAAAAAAAUAAGCUAAAUAUUUGUCCCUUUUUGCCUUUGGGAGCAUUACAUAACAGCAUUUGCUAAAUAAGUUUAUUAUGAAAUUGGAAGCACUGUGUUGGCUGUCCUCUUCGGGGGAAGGUGGUUGUAACUGAUCAAAUGUUUAAGUUUGAUAAACUACAAAAAUUACAUUUCAUUUACACAAGUGAUUCAACGCUUUGUUCCAGAAUGUGAAUUAAAAAAAUAUUCUGAACAAUUAUGUCCCUUGUAAAUAUUUUUUCCAGAAAGCUCACAUUUCAUUGUUUGAACUAGUACCACACAUUUGGUAAUUCAUACAAGAAAACUGACAAAUAUUUUGGACAUAAGUAUUGUGCUGUCGCUCUUGCAUGAAGGACACCAUUUGUUUUAAUCUGCCUUCCAGGUGCCCUCCUACGAUACAGGACUAGGCAACUAGAUUCAGCAGCGGGACGAUUUUAGCCGGGGGGACGCAAAAUAAUUAUAACUGCAAAUUGACCACAACUAAGCCCAAUAAAAGAUUGCAUUUAGAAAAAAUA